AGAAACUCAUAAUUAGUCAAAUAAUUUGGGCCAUUGUUUACAUCAAACACUUUUUGAUAUAAACCUCUAUAUUAUUAUAUGAUAUCAUAUUUACUAAUGAUGUGAUAUGAUUGUCAUAUAUUGUAAUAAUAAUAAUAAUAAUAAUAAUAAUAAUAAUAACUUCAUUGAAUUGUAUUAAUAAUUGUAAUAAUAAUCAUAAUCUCUACAAAUCACAAGUCCGCUAAAGAGUUGACUUAAAAAAAAGAAACACAUUUUAAAUAAUUUUUAUUUUAUUGAAACUGACUGUGAGAUACAUUGCGAUAUAUCUGGACUAUGGCUAGUCCACAGUGGAAGGCCUUCCAGUUGCCAAACAAUCACACGAAUCACUUGACUCACUCCGACGACAAUGCAAAUGCUAAUAAUGUGUUCGCAAAUGUCUGCACCAGUCGUUCAUUUGAAUCAUCGUCUAAUAAUGUAUUUUCAAAUAAUAAGAAAACAAAUGCGAACAACGAUUCCACCACUAAUUCUUCAUCAGCUAAUAAUACAACAWCACAGGGAGGCUUCAGAGAGGCCGGUAUUGUCGAAAAAUUGUUGGCUUCAUAUGGAUUCAUACAGUGUUGCGAACGACAGGCGCGACUAUUCUUUCAUUACAGUCAAUAUUCAGGAAAUAUAGAGCACUUGAAAUUAGGAGAUCCGGUUGAGUUUGAGAUGACAUACGAUAGGAGAACAGGCAAACCGAUAGCMAGUAGUGUCAUUAAAAUAACAAACGAAGCAUUUAUGGCUGAAGAAUUGAGUACCGAAAGAGUUAGCGGUUUUGUAACAACAGAGUUAACCACCGAAAGAGAGGGAAGAAUUGCGUAUGAGAAUAGAGGCGAAUGUUUUUUUCUACCAUUCGCUAAGGAUGACAUCGAAGACGAAGAGGAACUAAAUUCAAAAGAUAGCGUCACUUUCUAUAUUGCAACCGAUAAAAGUGGUAACUUAAGAGCCAGACACGUCAGGCUUGAGAUUCCCACACCACAGAAACACUCGGGAGUUAUUUGCACUUUAAAAGAGUCGUUUGGAUUUAUUGAGCGCUCAGAUGUUGUCAAAGAAAUAUUUUUUCAUUCAUCCGAAUGUAAAGACUUUAAAGAUUUACAGCUCGGAGAUGACGUCGAGUUCUGUAUCCAAACCCGAAACAACAAAGAAGUUGCUGUAAAUGUCAAUAAACUAACACCUGGUUCUGUAGUUUUUGAAGAUACCUCCGAUGAAUGGUUCACAGGAAGAAUAGUGAAAACAUUGGACCGACAGAACACUCAUUCCAGUUCCAGAUCACAAAUAACACUACAGUCUGGAGCACCAUCUGAACCCUUUCCCGGUCGUAUUGUUUACAAUAAAACUGGAGACGAAAUAGAGAUAACUUAUGGUGAACGAGAUAUCAGAGGAGAGUAUACAUUACGGUGCGAUGAUUUGGUCACUUUCCAAAUUGUUACCGACCGUAGAGAUAGCUUACAACACGCAUCUAAUAUUGAUCUGUUAGAGGAGACAUUUACUGUUACUCAAGAACAUAGAGAACAAGGAUAUGUGGCCGCACUUAAGGAUUAUUACGGUUUCAUUAAAUGUUGGAAUCGUGAGGGCACUCGUGUCUACUUCAGAAUUAGUGAACUUCUCGAUCAAAAUGCUUCCCUCAAACUUAACGAUGAGGUGGAGUUCACUGUUGGCUCCGACCCUUCAUCUGUUGGUCGACUUCAAGCUCUUCGCAUAAGAUUACUUCCGGACGGAACUAUAUAUAGAAAUUUGAUUGUUGACAAUAAUGGCAAGAGUUCAACACAAAGACAAUGGCAAAAUGGUAUUACAUAUCAUACACCAUAUGAUGAUAAUAUAAAACUUAAUGGUUCACUGAAUGAUGAUUUUGGAAAAGUAAACGAAUUUCCAUUAAUUGACUUCAAUACUGAAUUAGAAAAUGAAAGAAAUGGCAUUCAUUUGGAUUCAGACCAGAAGAAUAAUUAUAAGACAUACAAUGGAUCUGAUGGAAUAGUUGCCAAAACUAAUUCGUGGUCCGAAAUACUUUCCCAAUUAGAUAUCGGAACCACAGUAUCUGAAAACAAUGAUUUAUUGAGCAGUGCUUCCUAUUAUGAAAACGAUCACAACUAUACUCAACAGCCAUUAAAGCCUGUGGUUAUCAAUGACUCGCCGACAGAUGAUAACAAUCAAAACUCUUAUGAUUCGCAAACACAAAGUGUGCUUAAAGUUAAUAAAAAGGAUUCAAAGAAUAGUCAAUCUAUGAACGCCUCCAGAAGUUCGAUGUAUCAGAAAAAUGGCAAUAAAUAUUCAAACCGUGGUUAUGUUGUAGCCCUUAAAGAGACAUUUGGAUUCAUUGAGACCGAAGAUGGACAGAGAGAACUAUUCUUUCAUUACAGUGUAUAUGAUGGUAAUAUCGAUGCGGUAGAAUUGGGACAACUAGUCGAGUAUAACGCGACCCUUAAAAAUGGCAAACUAACAGCACUAGCCGUUCGACGGGCUCAGUCAAGUCGCAAACAACCGGCCGAUGAAAUACAGCCCGAAAUGUUAUCGGGAAUUGUUGUACGCAAUGUUCGUACAUUUAAUCCGGAACAACAAGAAUACACUGGUUUAAUACGUAUUGUGAUCGACCAGACUGUUAACGGUGGCGACAGUGGAGAGAAGACUGAGUACGAGUUCAGUAUGAUUUCACUUAAAGACAUCAACGAGUUUAUCCAAAAGAGCGAUGCCGUCAAAUUUCAAGUCGGCUACAAUUCAAUGGCCGAAAAAUAUCGGGCCGUCAAUGUUCAGGUCAUUCGAGCCAAACAUCAGGGAACUGUUGAAUGUGUUAAAGCGAGUUACGGUUUCCUAACGUAUGAAAACGAAACCAAUAUAUUCUUUCAUAUGUCUGAAGUAAAAAAUAACUCAAACUUAGUUCCGGGAGAUUUGGUUGAGUUUAUUAUACUAAACAGUCACCGAACUGGCAAAUCGUCGGCCUGUAAUAUCGUUAAGAUCGGCGAAACAGUGACCGCACGUCCCGAACGAUUGACACGAGUGAAACUGGAAGGAAGCGGACCACGAGUUGUUGUCAUCCGUAAUCCGAAAGGUCCCGACGGUACUAAAGGUUUCAAAGAAUUACGUGAAAAAGUUUUGAAUAAUUGAUCGAAGAGAUUGUUAACAAAAAAAACUAAAUGUACUCUAAAUUGACGGCAACUUAUAAUCCAAAUGCAUAUAUAUUUAAAAAAACCGCUACUUAUUAUAAGGUUAUAGAUUUAAACAAACAAAAAAAAACAAUUAACUUUUGUUAUAUUUAUUUUUAAAAACUGCAGUUUGGGUCACAUUUAUAUGAAACAUGUUUUUUAGACGAUUCUAUAAAUUAUUAAAUAGUUUUUUAUAAUUAGUUUUUAUCGAGUUUUUACUUAUUUAGAUCCCAAAAAAGUAUUGUAAUAACACGAUAUGUAGAGAAAUUGAAUCAGUUAUUUAACUAUAGUUGUUCGCCAAUCCUUUAUAUUUAUAUAUCCUUAUUAUUCACACUUUAUUUACAACUACAAGCAAAUUAAUUAAACAAACAAACAAAAAAAGAGACAAAAAACAAAUAUGAAUACUCAUAUUACACGUAGAAAUUAUGGUUAAACCCAACCCCCUCUCUAUCUAUCUUUAGUUUUUCGUGGAGAAAACACACACAUAUUUGUUUAAACAACAAAAAAUUGUCACUAUUUAUGAAAAUCACAAUCAAUUGAACUGCUGGUAGGGUUUGUGUGGUUACCCGACUGUGCCUUUCGCUCAAAACAUUUUUAUUAUUAUUAUUAUUAUUAUAAGUAUAUUAAAUGAAUAAUCGCUUCUAAAGAACAAUUGCUAGUCCACUACCCCUCAAGUCUAGCCAAUCGCAACAAUAAAACAUAUAAAAAAUUUAUUAAACUAAACUAUAUAUUGAAUUAUUAUUAAUGAUUAUUAUUAUAAAAUACACCGUAAAUUUCAAACACAAUACAAAAUAUAUAAAAUCUUGAUUAUUGUAACUUAUGUAGCCUUCAAUUGUGAGCUAAACGACCAACACUUGAACCAAAACAUAUGAUAAAAACGAAUGUAAACCAAAAAAAAUAAAUAAAAUGAGAUAACAAUACAUAUAUAUAUAUAUAUCAACAAAAAUUAACAAAAUGUUUGAAUCCAACGAACGAAACAUAUAUGCAAACCGAUGCUUAUAUUAUCGAGUUAUAUGUACUAAGAUAUCAAUUGUCAACAAAAUAAAGUCAAUUAAUGUG